AUGCCAGCAUCAGCAUCGUUGGUGUUGCUGGUGCACCUGGGUGCAGUAGGUGCUGUUGCAAGUGGCGCAACACUUUGCGGAGGAGGUGGAGCCUGUGCAUGUAGCGCGCUUCUCCACGCACUUCACCCCCUGCAGUUAUGGACCGUCUGUGGCCUGCACGCUGAUAGAGCAGCGGCUAUUGCUGCACCACUGCACUAUGCUGCUCUAGUAUCAGCUAAGAAGGUGAUGUUUUGCGUCGCGGGCGGUUGGGUGGCUACAGCAGCUCUUCUUGGCCCAUUGGCUGCUGCUCAGCCACCACUGGCUUAUAGCACUGGACUUGGUGGAUGUGCGCCAGACUGCAGCGCUGGCCCCAUAGCCCUCAGUUUCUGCCUGGUGUACGCGCUGAUAACACUGGUAGUACCCGCCGCCCUCAUACUUCUUUGUAGUUUAAAAAUACUUCGCAUCGCGCGGUACCACAGACAUAGGAUAGCAGCGGCAAUUUACGAAGUGACGCUCAGUGCCCAAGUAACAGUCACUCACCAGAGAAAUCCUUUCUCUCCUCCACCACCACCACGUCGACGCGCUCUCUCUGCAGUAUUGCAGCCUCUAGGCUCUUUAGCCAUUUUGUAUUUUCCUUACUACUGCGUUUUAAUAUGGCCCGCAAUAGCCGUUCCUCCGCAGUCCGUCGCUUCUAUAUCUGCAGCUUUAUUAGCAGCUGCACCACCAGUUAACGGUAUACUGUACGGCAUCCGAAGUCGCGCACUCCGUGACUCUCUUCGCAACUAUAGAAGAAAACGAAUGACCAAAAGUGAAGUGACGCAAGAGAUACAAGCAAGAACACCAAGUGCUUGUGGGUCACGAAGACCGUCACUAUCUGCGGGUUCGGGAUGUAUACGACCUCCAACUACAAGACGGUUAUCAGAUGCAGCAGCUAUGGGUUCGCGGGGAUCAGAGCGACCGGCGCAACGUGCAGCAUCAUGUAAUAUGCUGCAGGAUUCACAGGUGGAGGAGAUACCAAGACCACGCACAUCAGCCAUUCCGAUAAUUCGUGCGCCCCCUCAUGUGGUGCUUGGGCGAGCACUAGGGCUGGAGGAAAUGGGACAUCGAGACCGACGACGCAGACAGUCACCACGUAUUAUGGUGACGCGUGCCAUGUCAGAUGAAAGUGAAUCACCAACACGAAGGCCUCUUUGCCGACAGCAGUCACGCUCGAGCGGAGCGCUGCUAGGUGGCGUGCCAUACUCGCCCGCAAUCUCCGAGCACGUGCAUCUAGACAGCCACGCUGACGAGCAGCUCUUACUCAACUGGCCUCAAAACAAUAAUCACGAGAAACAUGACGCUUUAUAA